GGCAACGUGAACGUUCCUAAUCACUGAGUCCAAGUACAACAACUCAUACAAUACCGCGACACAGAUUUUCAGAUUCUUUGGAACACCAUUUCCAAACACCCUCACCCUCAUCCAAGACUAGAAAGACCACGGGCAUCGAAAAUGGCCAUCUCAACGUCCACCACAACACUUUCCGCGAACGACGCAAGAAUCCUGAAUGCCCUUUUCGACCCAGAAACACUCCCCUCCUCAGUUGCAGCGGCACAAUCAACCUCCACAAUCGACGACUCUCUGCCUCCACAUCCAGCCAUCCCAUCAUCACAGCUCUCCACCCUAGAAGCCCAGCAAAACGAGCUAGUACGACACAUCACAUCCAGCUCAUCCAUCUCCUCCGUAGAAGCGGCGAUAAAACAACAAGAUGAGAUAGUGUCAAGCCACCCCUCCUACCCCAGCGCCUACCUCAACCGCGCUAUGCUCCGCCGCAUGUUGCUAGAAUCCUCCCUCCCAAAAGAAGCCGACGCCUCCAUAUUCUCCUCACCCGAACCGGACCUAGACGCUCUCUUCUCGGACCUAUCCCGCUCAAUCUCGACAUGUCUUCCCUCUUCAUCAUCCGCAAGCACCUCCGUAUCCACAUAUCAAGCGCGCAUUCUACGAACAGCAUAUUCGCACCGCGCGUACUUGUAUCUGAAAGCCGCGGAACUGGGAAUAGAGUGGAGGGGGAAGGGCAAGAGUGAGCUGGAGGAGGCGGCGAGUGCGGAUUUUGCGGGGGCCGCGAGGUUCGGGGAUGAGGUCGCGCGGGAGAUGAGCGUGAGGACGAAUCCGUAUGCGAAGAUGUGUGGGGCAAUUGUGAGGAAUGCGUUGAGGGAGGAGAGGAGAGAUAUGCUGGGCUAGAUGUAUGACGACUCGAGAGAAGAAAGGAAUAUAAUUGUGAACUUAUGACAGACAGCAGUGUGUCGAUCGGUAUAGAGUAGUCUUGUAUGAGAACGUCUUC